AUGACCAGGACAGCUAUUAACAAUAAAAUUCCUACAGUAUUAACGGGAGACUUCAACUUCCACAUCAUACUAGGAAAAAUAUACAAAUUUCUCGGCUGUUCUAAUGUUAAACAGCGAAAUAUCAUUUGCAAGAUAAAUGCUUUUGAUACCGAAGCAAGUUGGAAAAUCUUCAAAAACUGUAUCCUAGAAGAAAUUGAAUCUACUGUCUCUAAAUAUAAAAAUGAAAAAAAUGGAAAACUAUGGGUUACAAAAGAAGUUUUAAAUCUGAAAAAAAAGAGAAACAGAAAUGACGAUUUGGCAGGCUACAACAUUGACAAAAUAAACACUGAGGUUUAUCAACAUGCGAUUGUAGUGUACACUCAAAACUUUGUACAUCCUCUAUAUGCUAAUGUCAAUACUCAGGCAAUUGAGGGAGAGUCUAUGGAUGCAUACAAAAAGGAAAUUGUUAUCAAUGUGAAACAAGGCGUGCAUUAUUUUUAA